AGAGUAGGGAAUGUAGCUAAGAGCAACUUCACUGUUUGCUGGAGAAUUUCAACUACCUGGUCUCGGUAGACUCAUGCACACGUAACGAGCAUCUUUUUUUUUUAUAAAAGCUGUGCAGAGUUCGCAAGUUUAUGCACAUAAAUACGGAAAUCGACUGCAAGCAAUAAAACAUCGGAUACACAUUUGUCAGCAUUCAUUCACUCCGUCGUCUGUGCGCGAAGGUUUAGGAGUGCUUUGGACCUACAAGAAUCCCAAGGUGUCGCCGUGCAGCGACGAAAGCUACGGAGACGCGUAACCUACUGUCGAGCUCGUCGGCACUUUGAUAAAUACAUAUCUUGGUCACUUAUCGGAUACGUCUGUAAUGGCGGGGUCAUCCAUUGAAGCAGUGAAAAGGAAAAUCCAGACACUGCAACAACAAGCCGACGAUGCAGAGGACCGUGCCGAAAGUCUUCAAAGAGAGGUGGAUGGCGAAAGGCAGGCCAGAGAAAGGGCAGAGGCUGAGGUCGCUUCCCUCAACAGACGUAUCCAGCUGGUAGAGGAGGAGUUGGACCGCGCGCAGGAGAGACUGGCCACCGCGCUGCAGAAGCUGGAGGAGGCAGAGAAGGCUGCAGAUGAGAGCGAGAGAGGCAUGAAGGUCAUUGAGAACAGAGCGACAAAGGACGAGGAGAAGAUGGAGCUCCAGGAGAUGCAGCUGAAGGAGGCCAAACACAUUGCUGAGGAGGCCGACCGCAAAUAUGAGGAGGUGGCCCGUAAACUGGUGAUCCUUGAGGGUGACCUGGAGCGCUCAGAGGAGAGGGCUGAGGUGGCUGAGGCCAAAUCUGGUGACCUUGAGGAAGAGUUGAAAAAUGUCACCAACAACUUGAAGUCUCUGGAAGCACAGGCGGAGAAGUACUCACAAAAGGAGGACAAAUAUGAAGAAGAGAUCAAAAUCCUCACUGAAAAACUUAAAGAGGCUGAGACCCGUGCUGAGUUUGCAGAGAGGUCUGUGGCCAAGCUGGAGAAGACCAUUGAUGAUCUGGAAGAGAAACUGUCCCAGGCCAAGGAAGAGAACCUGGGCAUGCACCAGGUGCUGGAUCAGACUCUGCUGGAGCUCAACAAUCUAUAAAGCGAGCUCCGACGCUAGGACCCACCAAGAGUCUAAAAACACACUUAGCUUUACAAACAAAAAAAUAUCAAAAGGUCCAAGUGCAUCACUACCGGCAUUUUGCAUAAGCAUGCCCUUCAGAGAGGUCCAUUGAGAUUGGAUACUAAAUGUGAAAAGUCAACUCUCAGACAUCAUGCCACAUCUGAAGCAUUUCUCUAGGGGUCAAGCAUGUGGACAGAACACCAUAAAAUGCCAUGCCUGAAAUACAAAAUGGCGACUAGCUGCCACCACCUAAGCCAAUACCAGUCGUGCAGCACCAUAACACCACUGCUGACUGGUUUUUGUGUGCAGCUAGACUCUUAACAACCCUGUGUUUCAGUUUAGUGUUUUUGCCCCCCCCCCCCCCCCCCAUUCUUUUGCUAUGUUGAACACUACUAAACCCAAAUGUACUGGCAUUGCUUUUUGUCUUGUUUCUCCGACCACUUUCUUUCUGACAUUUGAUCUGCCUUUUUGCUCUCAGUCUGAAGAGGGUUAUGCUGUAUCACAGACAAAAUGCUUCACAGUAAAAUGCUUUACAAAAUUCUUUACAGGAAAAAUCUUUACAAAAUGCUUCACAGGCAGUUCUUCUAUGUGUCCCGUGACCACGUAUAGACUGUUUUGGAUCAGUACUUGAAUUCAGUCAAUCAAAUGGGCAGCAAAUUUAACUAAUCCUAAACGUUAUACUGUAUGGUAUAAAAUUGUAUUUGAAAUUCCACCAGUUGUAGAAGUUGAAUUUAGAUGAAUGAAUGUUUGUACCUGUCGGAAAACAGUACUCAAAUAAAAGUUUAGGCUUACUUUUGCGAACAUGACAAAGUUUGUUCCUGUGAAAUGUAACAACCUGUUCCACUUUGUUUUGGCACUUAAAAUCUUAAAUAAUUACUUUAAUUCCCUGAAGGAUUCUUGUGAGGUCACUGGUGAGAUUUCCUUCUUGUUGGGCUACUAGCCUAUUAAGCGUUUCCUUUUUUGUCAUUUUCUCUGUUUAUUUUCUCUGAAUUUCAUGUAUUAUUCGGAACAUCCCUCUAAGCUACAUAGAACUCUGGGUCACUCAAUACUUUUAGUUUUGGGAGUAGAUAUAACAUUCUACUUCAUUCAUUCAUUUGUAAAUUCUGAAAAAAAGUUUGACAUUUGAAAUUUGCAAGUAGAUUAAAGGGAAUUGAUCACUUUUAAAAAUUAAAUGAAUUUAACCUUUUAUAUAACUUUUUUUUUGCCCUCUUUUUACAACCCACAUAAGUAUUCUAUGCAAAUGAUUGUGUACGCUCUUUUAAGAUGGGAAAAAUAAAGGCAAAGACAAUGGCU